CAUUWCAUAACGAAAUUCACCAUGUUCACGAACUUUUCAAACUCUAUUUUCUACAUACUUUUAAUCCUGUUUGUUUCGCCAAUCCUGUCUAAAUAUCUACCUACAUGGCGAUCGCUUGAUUCUAGACCACUGCCSUCAUGGUACGACAAGGCAAAGUUCGGUGUUAUGAUGCAUUGGGGAGUUUACUCCGUCCCUAGCUUCGGCUCAGAAUGGUUCUGGGAUCACUGGAAAAACAGGCAUUACAAUUCUUGUAUAGAGUUYAUGAAGAAGAAUUACCCACCGGGAUUUAGCUAUGCCGACUUUGCGCCGAUGUUUACAGCUGAAUUCUUUGAUGCUGAYUUAUUUGCGAAGUUAAUUGAAAAAUCUGGAGCUAAAUAUUUUGUUUUGACAAGUAAACAUCACGAAGGUUGGACAAACUGGGGAUCAAAAUCAUCAUGGAACUGGAACUCUSUUGAUAAUGGCCCUCAUAGAGACCUUGUUGGUGAGUUAGCCACAUCAAUCCGAAAAAACACUAAYGUAACGUUUGGUUUGUAUUACUCCCUGUUUGAAUGGUUCAACCCUAUCUAUGGCAGCGAUAAAGAAAAUCGCUUCAAAACGCAACAAUUUAUUAAGGACAAAGUGGGCCCAGAACUUCRCGMCAUAGUGAAUAAGUACAGGCCAGAGUACAUUUGGUCUGAUGGGGACUGGGAAGCUUCAGAUACUUACUGGAAUAGUACACAGUUCCUUGCAUGGCUCUUUAACGAGAGUCCAGUGAAGGACACAAUAAUCGUCAAUGACCGCUGGGGAGCUGGUUGUAUGUGCCAUCAUGGGUCUGUGUAUACUUGCCAWGACAACUUUAAUCCUGGUGUUCUUGUCAAACAUAAAUGGGAGAAUGCCCUGCCAGUGGACAAAAAUUCUUGGGGAUUCAGACGUAAUGCCCCUCAACUUGAAGAAUACCACACUAUAGAGGAACUGAUUGCAGAACUCGCAUCCACUGUCAGCUGUGGAGGAAAUAUGCUGCUGAACGUUGGACCAACUGCUGAUGGUCGUAUCAUUCCUGCCUUYCAAGAAAGACUGCUUCAGAUGGGAAAAUGGCUGGAUGUGAAUGGUGAAGCAAUUUAUGAAACAAAYCCAUGGAGAGCACAGAAUGAUACAUACACAAAAAAUGUCUGGUAUACAUCAAAAGAUUCUGCAGUUUACGCCAUUGUCUUAGACUGGCCUGAUUCYGAUUUAGUGCUUGGUCAGCCAAUGACUAGGAAUGAUACCAAGGUAACAAUGCUCGGGUAUCCUGGAUUGUUUAACUGGACGUCAACGGGUUUYAAUGGUAUGGCCAUCCAUGUACCUGCAAUUCCUUUUACCAAGUUACCGACCAUUUGGGCAUGGACAUUCAAGCUGAUUAAUGUAGAAUAGAAAUGGAGUAAUAUUAUUGAUAUUUCUGGGAACAUUCCUUUAUGUACAUGUAUUGGUGGUAGGUGUGCCUGGAAGACCUUCACAAAGAAAUUCAGGUUUUAAGCAACAAGCACUCAUAGCACAUAUUUAAGGAGUUCCUUUGCUAAGGUACAUGUUAGGAGUACCUGGAAUACCUCAUGUAUAAUUAAUACAGUCUCAGAAUUACACUGCACCUUAUAUAGGGUCAAUUCAAACUGCCAAGUACCCAUACCAUUAAUGUAAAUAAUGUGCCCUCCCACUCGUGCAGGGGGUUGAUAUAAUAAUUACUUGCUCUAUGAAAACCAAAGAAUUGUCCAUUACAGCUCCCUGCAMCAUCUACCAUUCCUUGGCUUCAAUGCAGGAGAAUUGGUGAGCAUGUUGAAAGAGAUAUUGACUCCAGUGUGUAAUGAUUCAGAGCAUAUUUAUUUUGCAUGGUCAUCAGUAAUUUAGCUUCUAUGCUAUGGCACAUGCACCUAAUUUGUCUAUCAGAGCUGAAUGAUGUGCARGCUUCAAAGCAUUUCUUGCURAGCCAAGAAGUCUUUUAUAMAAUUUGACAUUGUCACUUGCAACUUCUGUAUGCUCAAUAAUUUUGGUGGUAGAAAUUAUUUUUAGAGGUUAAUAAAAAUACCACAAUGUUCUMCGCACAUACUCCCACCAGGAUUAUACAAGAGGAAUGCAGAGACAAGUACAGCCAAUAAUUAUUUAUUAUUUUUGCACAAUGUUUUUGUAAUUAUUUCAAUAUAAUCAAUAUAAUGUAAACRUUUAUUAGACAAGUAUAGAGUGUUGUUGCUAGCACUAUAAAUAUGCAGGGAUAACUAAAUGAUUCAUAAAAUAAUUAGCAAGAUAUUAUGUAGAGUAAUAAACAUUUUUUUGCAAUUGAGA